AUGUUUCGUCGCACGUUCUGUCGCCUCAAUUCGGAUAGUCGUGAGAACAUCAUCCGCAUCUUCAAGGAGAUGGCGGAUCUAAACAAUGCCCUCGGUGAGAAGUACAAGGUGCAAAGCUACAACCGCGCCGUGAAUAGCCUCAAGACGAACCUCGAUCUGCCGCUGCAGACGGUGGAGGAUCUGGAAAGGUUCCCCGGCUUUGGCUCAAAGUUGCUGAAGAAGGCGGAGGAAAUCAUCAUGACGGGUAAGCUGGAGGAGCUCGAGAAGAAGACAAAGCCGAAACUCAAGGCGAUUCAGGAACUCACGCAAGUACAUGGCUUCGGUCCGCGCGCGGCGGCUUCCCUCUUUGAUCGCGAAGGCAUAUUCACUGUGGAGGAGCUCAUAGAAAAGGCGGAUCGUAUUCAGUUAACAGAUCAACAACGCGUGGGUGUGCGGUACUUUCAUGACAUCAAUGAGAAGAUUCCCAUGCAUGAGUCUGUCUUACAUGAAAACUUCCUCCGUGAAAGUGUGCAGAUGAGGCUUGGCUCUGAGUAUGAGCUUCAGGUCUGCGGUAGCUAUCGCCGCCGGCAUCCAUUCAGCGGUGACGUCGACGCGAUACUUGCGCGCUCGCUGAGCGCCGCACCACUCGACGGUCCAGUGACGGCCACUGGCGUCCUCGGGAUCCUUGUGGACUACCUUCAGGAGCGAAAGUACCUCGAGGCGACCAUGGCCCAGGGACCUCUAAAGUACAUGGGCAUGUGCCGCCUUCCUCCUCGGGUAACAAAUGGGGCAACAAAGCACUACAAGGCCCGACGGGUGGAUAUUCGGCUUAUUGAAGCGCGAUCCGUGCCUACCGCCUUGCUCACCUUUACCGGUAGUAAGAAUUUCAAUGUGAUCAUGCGUCAGGCGGCCAUCAGUAAGGGAUAUCUCCUGAACGAGUACGGUCUUUUCAAGAUUGGAAGUCCGGAGGAGGUAAAGGCGCUGCAGGAGCGGGUUCGGGCGGGCAAGACCGCUGGAAACAAAGCCCUCGCGACGGACGCCGCCGCGGAGGAGGGCGUUGACCCUGUUGUGUCGGUUAUUAGUGGUCACUCUGCAAAGAUGGAGACUUUGGGGCUCACGAAGGAGGAGUUGGAGGUGAAGCGCGUGCACGUCACGUGCGAGAAGGACGUCUUCGACGUCCUAGGCAUGCCGUUUGCAAAGCCGGAGAACCGCGACCCGUAA